AUGGAUGAGCAUGAGAAGUGGAGGAAUGAAGUAAAAGUGGGCGUGGAUCUUGGGACGAGCAAGCUAGCCGUCAGCUUUACGUUCCCCGGAAGCCCAAAAGUACAGCUACUAAAAUUCUCUUCCUCUCUUUACGCUCAAAAAAAGGUCGAAGAGCUCGAUGCAGUGCUUGGCUACGCGCCGUCAGGCUGGCAUUAUGGCCCAGAUGUGAAAGUUCUUGAUGACGCCAUCGCCUUUUCCAACAUCAAACUUGGCAUUAUCGGACACGAGCCUUACUUGAGCUUGCUGAAGGGAUCUUUUCGCGCUGCGGCUAAGAAAUAUGGCGUAAAAGAAACGCCUGUGACUCUAUUCCAGAAGCUCUUUUCGCAUAUUCUAGCAACUCUGAAGCGGCUCUUCGACCAGCCAGAAAAUCAACAUUACUAUGGUGGUCGGACUUUCCGCGACCUCGAAAAGUCAUGCUCGGUCACCUAUCCUGUGCGGCAGAAUGGAUCACUUAAAAUUGUGCUCGUUGAGGCAGCCUUGGCAGCAGGAUUUCAUCGUGUGAAUGGUGUUUCAGAACCCCUGGCCGCCGCUCACUAUAUUGUGCUCCAACCGCAGCCAAUCAUCUCUUGCAACGAAACGUUCUUGAUCAUUGACUGUGGUGGUGGCACGUUUGAUCUCGCAACCGUCGAACGACGGAGCGACGGAGGAAUCAGGCAGGUUUGCCCGACCGAUGGGUUUCCCAGCGGCGGGGAAACGGUCAACGAUACAGCCCGCGCCUAUUUACUGGGACUUUUUGGUGAUGAACAAAAUUUGAAAGAUGAUCACAAAUGGUCCACAAAAGUUUCCCCCGGUUCGAUCGAUGCAAAGGGGCCUUUGGGAAAGGAGUAUCGCUGA